AUGAUCACUCUUAACAUCUAACAAAUUAACCAAAAUUCUGAUACCAUUUUCUUCUCUGAUAAUUCAUCCUAUUUUUGUUAUUACACUCAUGUUUAACAUUUGAAUUUACUUAAUUUACAAAACUUAACUUUCCUCAUAAUCCCUAUUUCAUUUGAAUCUCACUUAUCAGAUCAUUACUUUUUGUAAAAUACAUUAUUCAUUAAAUAAAAUCUACUUUUGCAUCUUUAUAACAUAUAAAAUUAAUCGAAAAUUGAAAAAGUUCGUUUUGGAUACCCCUUUUCUCAAUUUACACCUAUUUCAGAAAAUUAAUAUCUUAUAAUCAAUGAUACAAAAGUAACUUUAGAAUUAUGGUCUAAUUAUAAGACUUAUUUUAAAAUUAAAUUAUCAAAGUAGCUUUCAACCAUACCCGAUAGACUAUUAUUACUGUAAACUAAUAUUAUUUUAUGUGUAUUUUUAUAAUAGAGUAUUCAAUUUUUAUCCAAAAAUAAUUUUACAGUUCUCAGAACUAUUAUGUUUCAAUAUUAUUUUACAAAUACAUAACUACAUUUAACAGAUUAAGUCUCAUUGAUCAGAACCUAAUAAAAUCCUUCAAAGUUAGAGCAUAUUCAAUUUCUACCUGAAAUAUGUUAGAACCAAUUAUCUCUAGAAUAGGAUAUAUUUGAUCAAUUUAAUACCAUAAUAUAGACAUCUAAACUACUUAUAGGUUUCAUUUAUUAGAAUUAUGAUAAUUUCAUCAUUAAAAUUUAUAAAAUAAACAUUUGA